AUGGCAGCCUUCCUCGAAAAGCUCAGAGGGGCUGACUUCACCGGUCUGAACAGAGCCUUCGGAAAGGGCAAACAUUCGCCCAAAAUACCACCCAUAGGUGGGGCUGCAUACGAAUCACGCGGAAUUAGCGGCGGCCCACUCUCCUCCCAAGAUAACAGUCCCCAAGCAAGAUCCGGGAGAGGGUUUGGCCGGAUCGGCGGCGAGGGUGGGAACGCUACCGGCUCGCUCCUAGACGAUGAAGAUACCAGCCCGAUUCAAAUCACCAUCAGGGCUCUCACCAUCUUCUUCCUGUUCAUCAACCUGUUUAUUUACAUCGCCAUAGCUGUUUUUCAGAAGAAAUGGGGCGUCGGGCCGUCGGGGCUCACAGGACUGGCAAUCUUCGUUCUUGUGCAAGGACUUCUACACGCCCUUGUGUUUCUUUUUGUCCCACAGAUAUACGAGCGUACAGACAUGCUCAGAGGCUUUGCCCGUGCCAUCCGACUAACGCGAAUCCAGUUCAUCGUGUACGGUACCCAAACCGGGCUAGCACUCGUUUUAUCGCUGAUAGCCACCAUUUCUGCAUAUACGGGGGGCUGUAAGAACUCGAAGGCAGAUCCCAAUGCCUCUAACACUGACUACAUCUCGCACAUUGAUGGCUUCUGCCGCAACAAGAGAGCUGCUGCCGCUUUUUGGUGGUUUUCGUUCCUAAGCUUCGGCCUCUCUCUGGGAAUCGUUUUCAAGUCUUGGUAUUCGAUCCGAAAACUAGGACCAAGGCACCUUGCCUUUGAGCCGCCCCAAGGUGUCGGAGUCAGGACAGUUGACGAUGAAGAUGAUGAUUUCCGAGCUGAUGAGCCUUAUGAACGAUCACCUCCUCCCCAAUUCCCCCAAGAGAUGACCGCUGUUCGGCCAAGUAACGUUGGAGGCUAUUAUGGUGAAAGGCCAAUAUUCGAAUCAGACCGAGUCCCUGCCGGGUAUGCAGCCCCAUCAGGCACCGCCCAUGAAGUAGAUCACAUUCGAUCACCCCCUCAAAUGGCCGCCUACAAGGACCCAUUUGAUGAAAUCCGGGCCCAGAUAUAUCAAAACGGCCGUUGA